AUUGUUUUGAUUUGAUUGAGCAGUAAAAGAAAGCAGUAGAAAGUAGAAUGUAUGUACUAAAAGGAUGAAUCAAUCAACUUCACAUCGUUUCUCAUAUUCAAUCUAAGCUUUCGGUCAUCACUAACCACUACCACUACCACUCUAUCAAUUACACCAAUCCAAUCACUUGCAAGUUUUAGAUUUCAUCCUCUCUCUCUCUCUAUCUCUCUUUAUCAGCUUAUCUUUACAUGCUUUCAACCUUCAAACCAACAUUCAAGCCAAAACAACAUGGCCGAAUCAACUCAGCCAAUCAACUCUACCACUUCCACCACUGCCACUACUAUCAACAACCAACUUAAUGAUUCUCGACCUUCUCCUUCUUAUCUAACUCAAAUCCCUACCGAUUUAUAUGAGAAACUAUCAUCGGCUCAGAAAUCUGCUCUUCGUAAUCUAGAAUGGGAGUUUGAUGUUUCCAAAUCCAAAUUAUCAGCGGUGGUCGAUCAUUUUUUGGAGGAAUUCACUCGAGGUCUUGGUCAAGUCCCUUCUUUAACUGAUACUCACAAUCACAAUUUUCUACCUAUGAUUCCGACCUUCAUUCACGAUGUUCCCACUGGAGACGAACAAGGUAUCUUUCUCGCAUUGGAUUUGGGUGGCACAAACUUGAGGGUAUGUGAGGUGAAUUUGAACGGAGAUAAGACCUUUUCAAUCAAGUCCAAUAAAUACAAGUUAUCAGAUGAAGUCAAAACAGGAACAGCCGCCGAACUUUUCGGUUUUAUUGCCGAUUGCGUUGAGAAAUUCUUGGUGGAACUAGGUCAUGAUCUGUCUUCAGAUGAAAGACUUCAUCUUGGUUUCACCUUUAGUUUUCCGGCUCAUCAAACUGCAUUAGAUAAAGGAAAACUGAUUGCUUGGACAAAGGGUUUCAAAGCGUCGGGUGCUGUCGGUAAUGAUGUGGUCAAGCUACUUCAGGAUGCAUUAGAUAGUAGAGGUUUACAGGUUCAUUGUAAUGCCCUGGUGAACGACACAACUGGUACAUUGAUGGCAAGAGCCUAUCAGUCUGGUAGUGCAAUAGUAGGCGCAAUUUUUGGAACCGGUACCAAUGGCGCUUACGUAGAAAAUCUCGACAAAGUUGACAAGUUGACGAGUAAAUCACAAAAAUUCAAUCACAUGAUCAUCAACACUGAAUGGGGAGCAUUCGAUAACGAGCGCAAAGUUCUUCCCGUUACCAAGUAUGAUAACAAACUCGAUCGACAGUCGAUGAAUCCGAGGAAGCAAGCUUUCGAAAAGAUGAUCUCAGGAAUGUAUCUCGGUGAAUUGACCAGGAACAUCAUCCUUGAUUUCCUCGACAAUUUGAUCAUCUUCAAAGGUCUAUCCAGUCGCGAUCUCAACACACAUUACGGGAUAGACACUGCUCUUAUGAGCGCUAUAGAGCUUGGUCGCGACAAUAGCUCAAAUGAUAUGUGGCUAAAGGCAACAAAGAAGAUCAUCACCACCUCUUUUGAAGUUCAAGCUUCUGAUGCUGAUUGUGUGAUGAUCCAACGUAUAUGUGAAAUAGUAGCGACUCGUGCUGCUAGGCUUUCGGCUACGGCCAUUGCUACUAUCAUCAGGCAAACGGACCCAAAGGGAACGCUAGCGAUUGGGGUGGAUGGUAGUGUGAUUGAACAUUAUCCCAAAUUUCAACAAAGGAUGAUGGGAGCCUUAACAGACUUGUUUGAUAAGUCUGUCUGUGAUAGAUUGGUGAUUGGGUUAGCUAAAGAUGGAUCUGGAGUAGGAGCUGCGCUCUGUGCAUUACAAGCCAAGAAACAAGCCGAAAGUCUCUCAUCAUGAAAGAUAAAUCAAAAUUCCAUGCAUUUCUUUCUUCCAGAAAAUGUUUAUCCCGACGCAAAACGAACAAAAAAAUCCAUAUUUUUAACCAAUUCAACUUGUAUGUUUCUUACCUGAGUGAUAUAUUGUCUGCCUUAUUAGAUAUAAUCAAAGAACUUGAUCAUACGCAUCCAACCAUCCGUUCUCUGUUUUAGUACCAUUUGUGAUCUCUCGUUUUUGAUGUAUGAAUUCAUUUAUUUGAGAUUGGCACAUAUAUCAUCAACAUACCUUGAAUUGUAAAACGAACGACUCGAAGUGACUGGCUCUUUCAAAA